AUGGCCGCCGGCAAAAACAUGCAUCCAGAUGCUUCACCCGAGAGGUGCAACAGCAGCGCCCGCAUCCGCCAGGACCUUGCCGCUGCCGACCCACGAAAGCUCGCGCAUUGUUGGAUAUUCCAAGAGACACUGAUGGAAGACCUGAGGGAGUGCCUCCAUGCUUAUGUCCGAAUCCACCCCUUGACAGAACGCUUGAUUAACUGGGACAUAUUCAAUGCAGCAGCUGCCAACAAGAGUGGUGAGGGGCUCUUCUUCGAGCGAGCCUGGAGUGUGGCUCGCUGGGCAGCUCCUUCGCUUCAGAUCCGGCGACACAAGCCUUGCAUGGAGCACUUCCAGGACCCUGCAAUGGCCAAAAUCGUGCGGAAUGCAGACGCACAUCUUUUCGAGAAGUUUGGUUAUAGCCAUUGCUGCACCUCGAGUUCGCACCGAAUCUGGUGA